CCUUCGUCACUGAAGAGAGACACAGACUGAAGGACAGACGAUCAGAUUCACCUUCAGACCAAACUAACAACUUCCUCUGAGUGAGUUCAGCUAAAACUCCAACACUGCUGCUUCAACCUGCUGACACUCCACACACUGAAGCUUCACUCAGAGACUAAAUGGCUUCCAGAUCAGAGGAGGAUCUCUGCUGUCCGGUCUGUCAGGACGUCUUUAGACAUCCUGUUCUUCUGUCAUGUAGCCACAGCUUCUGUAAAGACUGUCUGAAGCGCUGGUGGAAAGACAAACAAACAAAGGAGUGUCCACUUUGUAAGAGAAGAUCUUCAAAAGAACCACCUUUAAACCUGGCGUUAAAGAACCUGUGUGAGGCCUUCUUACAGGAGAGAGAUCAGAGAGCUUCAGAGGCUCUCUGCAGUCUGCACUCUGAGAAACUCAAACUCUUCUGUCUGGACCAUCAGCAGCCAGUUUGUCUCGUCUGCAGAGAUUCAGACAAACACACCAAGCACAGAUUCAGACCCAUUGAUGAAGCUGCACGACAACACAAGAAGGAAGUUGAGGAAACUCUGGAACCCUUAAAGGAGAAGUUAAAGGUUUGUGAACAAGUUAAAGUGAAGUGUGAACAAACAGCAGAACACAUGAAGGUCCAGGCCCGACGCACAGAGAGGCAGAUUAAGGAGCAGUUUAAGAAGAUUCACCAGUUUCUAGAAGAGGAAGAGGAGGCCAGGAUGGCUGCACUGAGGGAGGAAGAGGAGCAGAAGAGUCAGAUGAUGAAGGAGAAGAUGGAGGCUCUGAGCAGAGAGAUAGCAGCUCUUUCAGACACAGUCAGAGCCACAGAGGACGAGCUGAGAGCUGAAGACGUCUCAUUCCUGCUCAACUACAAGGCUGCAGUGGACAGAGUCCAGCAGCGCCCCCUGCUGGAUGAUCCACAGCUGCUCUCAGGAGCUCUGAUAGACGAGGCCAAACACCUGGGCAACCUGACCUUCAACAUCUGGAACAAGAUGAAGGACAUGGUCUCUUACACUCCUGUGAUCCUGGAUCCAAACACUGCUUGUCCAUAUCUCAUCCUGUCUGAAGAUCUGACCAGUGUGAGACGAGCAGAGGAGGAGCAGCAGCUUCCUGAUAAUCCAGAGAGGUUUGAUCAACACUGGUCUGUCCUGGGUUCUGAGGGCUUUAACUCAGGGACUCACAGCUGGGAUGUUGAGGUUGGAGACAGUACAGAGUGUUCCCUUGGUGUGUUAGCAGAGUCGGUCCAGAGGAAGGGACGCAUACAGUCUGGAUUGUGGAGAAUAAUGUUCUUUAAAAGUAAAUACUUUGCAUCGUCACCACCAGCUCCACUCACUGUUCUUGAAGUACAGAAGAAGCUCCAGAGGAUCAGAGUGAAUCUGGACUGGAACAGAGGAAAGCUGUCAUUCUAUGAUACUGAUACUAACACACACAUACACACCUUCACACGCACUUUCACUGAGAGACUGUUUCCAUACAUUGGCACUAAAGAUGAGCUGAAGAUAUUACCACUGAAGAUCAGUGUGACAGGUAAACUGGGCAGUUAGAGAUGAAGAGGAUGAUUAUAUUGGUGAUGUUUAAGGAAAAGUCACUGAAUUUAACUCUUUAAAUUCAAGUUUAAUGCUGUUUGGACAUCAUUUACUUAUGGCCAAAUUUUGAGAAAGGUUGAUGCACCUGUUUGGAUCUGUGGCGCCCCCCACGGAGCAAUUUCAAAAUUACUUUGCUUAAGUGGUUCAACAUUAUUGUUUACUAUCAGAAACAGAAUCAGAAAUACUUUAUUGAUCGCUGGGGGGAAAUUAUGAUUCACUAUGUUACAUCCUGCAAGUUUUUGGAAAAUUAAACAAACAUUUUAUGAUUUUCAGUCUGAUUUGUGAUGUCCCAUAUCCAUUUCUUUACAUUUUUGGCACCCCCUAGUGGUUGAUUUGAAUGAAACUUUCAGGGUGUGUUGCUGGUACGUCUUCAGACAUUUCCUGCAAUUUGUAAUAAUUGGCCUAAUGGUUAUAGAGUUAGGUCUGUUUAUGUAAAGGACCACUCCCCCUCCAAAAUUCAUUGUUCAGUGUCUUCAGCAGGCAAUUCAAUAAAUCAAGAAGCUUUUGAUACCUUUUGUUAAGCUAGAUCCGAUAAUGAUCCACAGAAAGUUUUUUUUACAAAUUGGAACUAUGAUUUAGGAGGAGAAGUCAAAAAUGUGUUUUUCAAAAAUUUCAAAAUGGCAGAAAAUGUUACAGUGGGACCUUAAUGAUGGUUGUGUGUUUUUCGUGGACCUUGUUUGGUUGGACUUGUGUGUCAAAUAUCAAGUCAUUCAGACUUACGGUGUGAGGGGCAUGGCCUUUUGUGCCCCCAUCUUACCAGUUGGCGUCAUAUUUCUUCCAAUCGUUGGUGAAAAUUUCAUGUGUUUACAAUGCAUCACCUCAUGGAAAUUUGUGAAAACAUUUCUGAAGGAAAGAAGAAAAAAAAGAAGUCAAAGCAAAAACAAUAGAAUUUUAGCCCUGUGGUCUUGAACCCCUUAAUAUGGCAGUAUAAAAAAUUGACAAAAAAUCUUGUUAAUCUAAUUCUUACUUAAAAGGUUCUUUAAUCUUAUGCCAAAAUCAUUCCACAUAAACAUAAUUUAUAUGGUGAAAACUUGUUUAUAAGAACAUCACAAAUGUGGGUGGCUGUGGCUCAGGAGAUCAGGCAGGUUUUCCAGUGAUCACAUGGUUGGAGGUUCAGUCCCCAGCUCCACCAAUCUGCAUAUUAAAAUGGCGAGACCAUGUAUCCCACAUUGCUCCCCAAUGUUGACCUGCUGCCAUCAUUGUGUGAGUGUGAAUGUGUGAGAAUGAAAGGAAACAAAUGUGAGAAGAAAAAAAAGACAGAGGAAAUACUUGUUAUAAUUGCAUUUACUAAAUAAUGACAGUAAAAUUAAUGAUUAACAUGAACACAUUAUUCCAGUAGAAAUCUCUUGUGGUCAUUUGGCAAUCUCUGCUGGGAGAGUGAAACGAUGUUUUUCUGAUAUGAACUACUGAUACCACUUUCACACUAUAUGUCAUGGAAGCUGUUACCUUUAAGAUGGCCCAUUCCCCAAAUCCCUUUUUACCCAUUACCUAUGAUACUGCAUCAUAUGUCCUCCUUUCCUGUGAUACUCCAAGAUACCUCAUGAUUACAGAAAGACCAAAGACCAUCAUUCCCAUAAUAAUCCAGGCUGUCUCUUUCGGGAUGUAUUCUAUGGUUCCUAUUCAGAUGCUCAAAUAAAUAUGGCACACUGUUUUCUU